GACCCGGCCCUGCGUCCCCAUCAGCAGCUUAAUUAAUAUGUCCGGCUCGAGGCGCAGCCUGUCCCUGAUCGACAUCCUGCGACAGCUCGACCACCAUGCUCAGCACCAGUUUUUCGCCGGUUCGCCAGUUUUGCCCAGUGCACGGGAGUUCUGUGGCGCCCGGCUGGCAUGCCAUGCGCUGCGUGACAUUGUGGACCUCAGCAACCUUGUCAACGUGCGCCUGCGGUUGCCGUGCAACAUCGUUGCGGCGGGAUUGCGCCAUGAGCAGCAGUCCCUGCUGGCGCGAUUUCAGUCGUGCCGCAGCCUAACCAUCGUCUACAGCGAGGAGGAUGAUGUAUUGGGCUCCUGCGCUGCGGAGCAGCCGCAGCCGACCCCGGAGCAGGUGGCACCCCUGUGUGUCAGCACCGGCGUGGGCGUCCGCGAGCUGCGCCUCGAGAGCCACACCAUGGGCCUUGCGGACCUGGUGGCGUGUGUUGCCGCGCUGCGUUUGCCCAACGUGCGCGUGCUGGAGCUUCGCACGUCGCGCCAGGAGAACAACGAUGGGCUGCGUGACAGCAGCUCGCACACGGCACUCAGUGCCCUCCGCGCCGCCCUGCCCCUCCUGGAGGAGCUGCGGCUGCCGUACACGUCGUACUUGCUGGGGCUCGGGGCGGCCUUCAGCGGCAGCAGCCUCACCUCCGUCGGCGUGAGCAUGCCCGGCCUCCUCAGCAGGCCACAAGUGCGCGGGCUGUUGCAGCUGCAGCAGCUGCGGAACCUCGAGGUCCUUGCAAGCCCUGGUGAACAUGUCGGGGGCAGCGGCGAGAUUGGCGCGCAGGCCCCCACCAGUGUUGACGGCGGCGGCGGCGGCGGCGUGCCGGGCGACGCAGAUGACGCGGCGACGCUGGCGGGGCUUCAUGUGGGUCAGGCGGAGCAGCUGUGGGCCCUGCGGCUGCUGCUGACGUCGGCGCCGCCUGGGCUCCAACGCGUAAAAGUUUCCAGCGGCUUCGCGCCGACGGCUGAGGUAGCUAUCUGGCUUGAGGCGGGGCAGGUGCAGUCGAUUGAGGCAGAUAGCGGCUACGUGCAGACCCUGAACUACUUAGCUGCUGCCCUGCUGCCGCGACUGGCGGCGAGUGGGCAGCGGCGGGUGCCAUCGAUCAAGUUAGGUAGUUUGUUGGGCAACGCCACUACCCUCGUCUCCUACCUGCAGCCGCAGCGGCCGCUGGCACGGCUGCUGCGGCUGUGUGACAGCGUGGAGUUGGAGGAGGUGGACGCAUUCGCUGGGAUUCGAUUGGUUAAGGACCGCGAGGUCAUAGGGUUCACGGCAAACGAGCGUGUCCGCAUCACGUCGGCACUGCACACUGUGGUGCUGGCCUUUGGAUGCUGGCCCAAGCACGUACGCAUCCGGGUGGUUGGCGCGAGUUGCCGGCCGGCGUGGUGGCAGCGACACCGGACCUCAGCAGCAGGGAAAGCGGUGGCGGUGCAGUGUCAGCUCUGGCGUCGGCCGCAGCCGCAGCCACCGCCGCCAGCGCAGCAGGCACAUGUGCAGCUGUGACGGCAGAGCGGGUGCUGGGCGCGGCGGAGCAGCUGUUGUGGGGCAAGGCGGCGGCGCGGGAUGUCCCGCCAGCCCUGUCGGAGGGAAACACUCUGCGGGGGGCUGCUGCUCGGGGGGCAUCCUAGUGCUCCGCCGGCGGCGGCUGUUGCUGGAGGCGCUCCUAGCGCGCCGGCAGCGGCCGCUGCUGCUGCUGCUGCUGCUGCUGCUGCUGGCGGCACUCGGACAGCCCCGAGCUCAUGCCCCAGGGACUGUGUGUAAGUCCUAGCACAGCACGGCGUGGUGGUUCGGAAGGUGGCGGUUGUGGGCGGUGGCAGCUUUGACAGUGUGACGUUGGCGGCGGCGUGACAGCAGUGCUGAUGGCGCGCUGUGUCCUCGAGUUCUUGUUCUAUAGCGGCCAUUUUGUCUGGGAAUGCCAUCUGCGCGCAGGCUGAGGAGACGGCUGGUGUCUACGUAGCGGUCCGCGGCAUGACAAGCAGUGCGGCUGUUGACAACUGUGCUGCGUCUGGCUGCGGUUGGCUGUGCUGUGGCAUCGCGAUUGCUAGGCACCUGGUUUGGCCAUGUGCCUGUGGAAACCGAACCCGGCUUUGUCCGGGCGAUAAGGUUGUUCGGCCUCAGACUGUGGACGGGCUCAGCCCCUUUUCCCGUGACCGGGGAACACUUGUCUGCGCGGGCCUGAGUUGUCUAAUGUGAGCACCGGUAGGAGCAUGCACGUUGGGGCCUCGAUGGGUUGUGGCGUGUUUGCAAGCCGGGUGCAGGCUGGGUGCCGCCACGCGGACAGGUUGCAUGGAAGGCGUGUCGCGCUGGUUGGGGGGUCGGAGAGUGCUGGAACUGGGGGUCCAGUGCGGCCCGGACCUUCUGUCAGAACCUGCUGCCCUUGUACGGCGGAUUGCCGCAACAUGCAUAAUGUGCAAGACGUGCAUGCCGCCAUGGUUGGUGGCUAGGCUCUCGGGUAAGAAGUUGAUGUAGGUGACAGACGAAGGCAGAACAGGUGAGGGGAGAACUAAAAGCCAUGGGCAUGUGGUAGGCGUGUGCGAUGGGACAGUGGUAAGGCAAGUUGGUAAAGUCCUGGGUGCAGCUGAUUCCCAGAACCCAACAAAUGGCACACAAUUGGCAGCGGCAGGGCAGGAGUGCGCAGCUGGUCGAACGCCGGAGUUACUGUACCGAGUUGCUGGCUGGCUGGAAGUUUGCUGACGCGCAUUCCUCACGCUCCGGGCACCCGGCCAGGCGAUAGCACCACACAGACACACCGCAACGCCACACUCGCGAGGCAGAGCCGCAUCGCACCUGCAGGAAGGUGACCAGCGUCCACGGAUGAGCACCAGAGGCAACCGCAGAGAAAAUGCAAACGGAAUGCAGCAAAGCAAUGGCCGGGCGACAGUGUGGCAAGCAGGGGCACAGACAGGGCGAGGCAAGACAGAAGAGGGCGCCCGAAUGUACGGAUGAGUGGCGGGCGAGUCGAAUGCAAUUGCGAGACGAACACAACCGGAGUGUGAGGAAGCGCCGCGUGUUGGAAUAGGGAAUGCCGCGGCUGAAGUUCGGGGCAUGUGGUAGGCAGUGGGUUGGCACACCGAGAGCGACGCCGUAU